GUUUUUUGUCAAAUAAAGCAAACAUUGAAUUGAUUGCUAAAUAUGUUAGCAUUAGCUUUGAAUGUAUGGGUAUUUUGAUGUAAAUAAAUAUCAAUUAAUUGAAUGGCAAUUGAAAAUCAAUCGAUAUAUUUAGCAUUUAUUACUUUUUAAGUCUGUUUUCUCACUAAACUUGAUUUUUAAUAGUUUUUUCAAAAGUUAUUUAUGAUUUAAUUAUAAUUGAAUUGAAACGUUAUGUUUAACCGAUUUAAAAGUGCGAUAAACAAUGUGAUCAACAAUUUGGAGCCAAAUAGUGGUUUGGCCAACGGUGCGGGCGAUGCACAUGUGGUCAGUCAUCAUAGCAGCCAAUCGGGUCAUACAUCGGGACCACCGCUUAAGUUUAGGUAUACGAGACCUGAAUUUCUGUUGCUUCAAACCGACGAUGAAAUCCAGGUCUCGGCCGACCAUAUAAUGAGGCCAAUUAUUGUUCCCCGAGAUAUCUCAAGAUUGCCAUUCAAUGCAGGAUAUGCUGAGACGAUAAAUGCGGGUAAAAGUGUCCGCAAUGAAGAUCACGCGGCUGUAUAUAGAGGAACACUUAAAGCCGUCGUCUCGGAUGAGAUGAUAGCCAAUAAAGUGUCUGAUAUGAUGUCAACAGUUCCCGGACAUCCGCAUCAAAUACCUAUUGGUAAUAAACGAAAUACCCAUCAGAAAACUAUAUCAAAAGCUAACGAAGCCAAUGAAAAAUCUAAAGACAUAAGUGAUAGUAAUAUAAGUGAUGGCAAAGAAGUUAAAGCCUUUAAUGGCAAUGACAUUUCAGAUCAAGUUAGUGACAACAAAGACCAAACCGCCGUUACAGCUGAUCCCCAAACACUGCCUCUAAACGAGUCGACAACAAAUCCUAGUGUCGAUGAUUUGAUGUCUCCUUCAAUUCCCAUUCCUAUAGAAGAGCGUUUAGCAGAAGCAAUAAGCGAUACCAUUGAAUCUGCUUAUGCGACACCAGAAACAUCACCUCAAAAAACUCAGAAGUCUAUAAGAGAAGAAUCGCUUCCAUGGCUUUACUUUGCAGUUUUUGAUGGACACGCAGGAUCUGGAGUUGCGGUAGCCGUUUCCAAUACAUUACAUAAAAUAAUUGAAGAAAAACUUCAAUCAAUUGCUGAUCUCUUAAUAAAGUUUGGUAUAACAAAUGAUAAAAAUUUAUGUGUAAAAGGAAUUAAUGAAAGUGAAUCGGAAGCAAAACAAUUGAAUGGAAGUGUUGUCAUCAAUCAGGAUAACCAUUUGAAUAAAGAAAAYAUUGCUUUACUAUUUCAUCCGUCAACUGAAAAAUGGAUAACAGUUGACAAUCUGAUAACCGGUGCACUGGAGUCUGCCUUUUGGCAAAUGGAUAAUAUUAUUGCUCGCGAUAAACGAGUUUAUCGUAUGUCUGGAGGGUGUACGGCAUGUGUAGGCGUUUUUAUUUUGGGCAAACUUUAUGUGGCUAAUGCCGGUGAUAGCAGAGCAAUUAUAUGUAAGGGUAAAGAUGUGGUUCCCAUGUCUUUUGAUUUUACACCGGAAUCAGAGAGAGAAAGAAUCAAAUAUUUGGGUCUUUUGAAACCAGAACUAUUAGGCAAUGAUUUUACACAUUUGGAGUUUGUUCGCCGACCGGCGAGAAGAGAUUUGGGCAAAAAAUUGUUAUACAGGGAUGCCUUUAUGUCCGGAUGGUCAUAUAAAACAAUUACUAUCGAAGACCUUAAAUUCCCACUUAUUUAUGGCGAAGGAAAAAGGAGUCGAGUUUUGGCAACAAUAGGUGUUACCCGUGGUUUUGGUGAUCACGAAUUGAAAGCUCAAAACAGUGACGUCGAUAUUAAACCAUUUUUGACGCCACAACCGGAGGUUCGCAUAUAUGACUUGGAAAACGAUAACAAGUUAACAGAUGCCGACGUUUUAGUUAUUGGCACCGACGGGUUGUGGGACAUUACUACCAAUGAAGUGGCAGCUGAUGUCAUCAACAAAUCAUUAGAUGUCUUCCCAGCUAAUGAUGUCCAACGAUACAAAUAUCGCUACAUUUCCGCCGCACAAGACUUAGUGAUGCAUUCCAGAGGAAAGUCGCGCGAAAGUGGAAAGGGGUGGAAGACUGUCGACAACAAGACAGCUACCAUUGAUGACAUCAGUGUUUUUGUCAUUCCAUUGAAACCAUAUAUUGAUGAAUAUAUUAAUUGGAAGUCCGCCCGAAAUGUGGUAUUAGAAAAACCAUUCAGUGAUCGAUAAUUAUAAAGCAAUUACUGGUAAAUUAUUUUAAACUCAAAUUUUGUAUCAUAUUUAUAUCACAUCAUACUGUAUAACAUAUUAUUAUGAUUGUGUGAUACAUUUGCUUUAUUUGAGACGACUAACUCUAAGAAAAAUUAUUUGCAAUCAAAAUACCGGUAUUUUAUUAACAAUCAGUCAAUCAGAGAUUCAUUAAAAUGUUUAAAUGAUAAAUAAAAUUA